ACCUGGGUAAUGCCGCUCCUUUCUCAGGACGUCAGAGAUGGUUGGACAGGACCGGCAAGAAGAUGUACCGAAAUCUGAUAGACAUUUAACACCUUCAACUAUGCUAACCUGAUUUCUCUGGCUUUUUUCUUUUUUUUUUUUUUUUUUUUAUGGAAUUAUUUUUUUCUUUGUCAUUGUUGUGAUUAUUUAAUACUUAAACUGCAGCAUCUAUGUAACAGGAGUGUAAUAUUUUUUGUGGCCUACAUACACAACAAAGAUGAAGUCUAUGAGCGUCCUCCUCCUCUUCAUUUGUCCAUUUUCCGUCUGUUGUGGUUGUCACGAGAAUGGAAACGUGUCUUUCAACUCCAGAAACUUUAACAACAUCCUACGCUGGCGCCCUGCAAAGCCUGACUUUCCCGGACAAAAGGUCCUCUACAGCGUUCGGUAUAAAAAUUAUUCUGGGGAGUACCAGACAAAAAAGGAGUGUCAGAACAUAACGGAGCUGUACUGCGACCUGACUGCAGAGACGCCCUCUGGUCACGACAUUCAAUACAUUGCCAAAGUGCUCGCCAAUGGUCGCUGUCAUGGACACACCACGCGAUUUAAACCAAGAGCACAGACUAUUCUUGGUCCACCCACGUUAUUUAUAAAACCAACACGGUCAUCCUUAUAUAUUAAUGUGACCCUGCCUCUCGGACCAAAGGGAGUGUCCUUGGUAGACAUUUUCAAGAACAGCAAAAAGGGACCGAGAGAAACGAUAAUUGAUUACCACUUAAAAAUCACGGAUCCAUCUUGGGCUGCGCAGGACCUUGAAAACACCACUGGUCAGUUUUUUAUCAGUGUAAAGCAUAACCAGAAGUACUGUGGAAGCGUGGUGUACGAGUCGACAUCGGACUGGGGUCGCGGCAGUAGCGAGGCCGAAUUCUUCUGCGUUCUAAUACCAGCUGAUCCUUGGACGUUGAUGCGAUGGCCUCUCCUUGGCGCAGCUCUUCUGGCAACCAUUGUAAUAAUCUCCAUCUGGUGUACGUGUAACUAUGUGAAGGGUGGAAAAGGAGAUAGCAGGCCAAAGUCACUGGAAACCAUACACAGAUACCCCAAAAUACCUCCGCUGGAUGCAAAGCUCUCCGUUUCUGAACUUGGGUUCUGGAUUCCACGUGAACAAACAGUGUAUUCCACGAUCCAGGCAAAGUCAGAUGGUCCUGUAGUUGUGGAUGGAGGUUAUCACAACAAGCAAAUGCUCCAUCAAUCCUGGCAAGAUAGCUGCAGUUCUUCUGUGGAAACCGGAGUGCACAGUCCAACUCCAAAUCUCCAAGACAGCAGCUCUGAGUGGUCAGCGAACUACAGCACAGUGGUGGUUCACGCUCCUCAUGAGGAUAAUGAAGAUCUUCAAGAGGCUGAUGAGAAUGAUGAGAUGGAGGGGAGUUCACCACUGUUGUUCCAAGGAAGAGGCUGGGAUAACGGUGGGACAAGCCCAAAGCUGGCCUCACAUGGAGCUCCACCGUUAACGGAUAUAAACUCGUGCGAAAGUAACCAAUCCGAGCCACUACUGUUGAACGCAGUGCGGGAUAGCAACGGACAACUGGUGUUUCCGAUGUUUCCUUUUCAAAUACAGACCAGUGUUGUCGGAACAGCACCGCUACCCAGCCCAGAGAGAACACCACUUUUAUCAGACCUCAUAGUCUCCAAAGAGGAUGGACCGUCGUUUGUAUCCUCGGACAGUUUAGACAGUUCUGAAUGGUCCGACUCUGGGUGGGAUGAGAGUACCGUCAACUCUCCCAGUCCGACUUACUGCAACAGCCAUUACUGCCCGACUCAACCGCCCAACACGACAUCUAGUCAGUACGUGUUACAAUCAUCUUAUAAAAAAAACUGGAUGCCACCUGAAAUGCAUCAUGGGAUAUCAUCCACAGACAGUAGUGACUAUGGACAGAUGAACUCACCUUGGACCUGGUCUGGUCUUCAGGAGAGGGAAGAGAAGGAGGAUGGUGAACAUAAAGGAGGAGAUGAAGAGUCAAACCACAGUGUUCUGGGAGGUUGGAUGGUACAAAUUCAAGAAUAAUCCAUCUCUAAUCUUGAGGACUAAAAUAUAUUCUGUUUGUUUUAUAUUGGUGCAUUUUUUCACAAAGGGAGUGGAGGAUGUUAACUGGAUAGGUGCUUUGGAGACCGUCUAGACCAGGGCUGUCAAACACAUUUUAGUUCAGGAGCCACACUCAGCCCAAUGUGGACCAGUAAAAUAAUAUAAUAACAUAUAAAUAAUGUCAAUUCCAAACAUUUCUCUA